GAAAACCGGCGCGCUGUCGAGUUUCUUAGUCAUGCUGCUUUUAUAGUAGGUAACCGUACACUCAGACAAAAGCCACGUUCCAACUCCAAUUUACAUUAGUGCCGUCAAUCAAGCGCUCGUUUCAAAUUCAAGUUGCUAGAACCAAUAGUCGAUCAGCCACGACGUAGUUAUCACGGAGCUGAAGCCGCUGAGUAGCCGGCGUCACCAUGAUUGUUACCGCGCAACCAGGGGUGGACUUGCAGACAGAAGCAAGAACGUAUUUCGAAAGAAAGCGGAUUGGGCAAAUUCUAGAGUGUCUUGUAACGGGAUUAACCUUCAGCCGGCCAGAGGAUCCGCUGGCAUACAUCGAGGAGUGCGUCCAUCGCCUUCGCGUGGGCGACCUACCCGACGGCAAAUCGCAGUUGAAGUGGGACGUUUUCAUACCUCCGCCACUCCAAUCUUCCACCGCAAUCGCAGCUUCUUUGCCUCGCCCCACAUCGGUCAAAAAGCCCAAGAACGCCGUUCCGCCAUUGAGAAAACGCCCCGCUGCUCUGCCUCCUAUGCGUCAACAAGGAAUCGACCUGCCUGUCGUCGGUGGGGAGAAACCGUUGAGCAAGCGCAGUGCUGGUCUGAGAAAAGGAGAUGCACAGAAUGGGCUCGCGGACGCUGCAAAUCAUGGAAAUCAGACCGGCGGUGGAGGCUCCCUUCUGUCAAAACCGCUGCCACCCAUCGCGCAUGAGCAACCCGUGACAGCGACCACGAAAGCUCAACUGAGCCCUGCAUGGGACAACAUCGUCUUUGUCCUCGGUGGCCCAGGAUGCGGAAAAGGCACGCAGUGUGUUCGAAUCGCUAAAGAUUACAACUACUGCCAUUUAUCGGCAGGCGACCUUCUGCGAGAUGAGGUGGCCACCGGGUCGGAGCUGGGCCAGGAGCUCAACCAAAUGAUGAAGGAAGGCAAGAUCGUCCCUAUGCACGUGACGAUCCGGCUUUUGAAAGAGGCCAUGGAGCGUGCACCACCGACUUUCAGCGGUUUCCUCAUCGACGGGUUUCCGAGACAGCUUGACCAGGCGGUUGCGUUCGAGGAGCAGAUUAGGCCGUGCAAGUUCGUGCUAUACUUUGAAUGCUCGGAGGCCGUGAUGGAGAAACGGCUCCUGAAGCGUGGGGAGACUUCAGGACGAGCAGAUGAUAACAUGGAGACGAUCAAAAAACGAUUCAAGACCUUUUUGGAUACCAGCUUGCCCGUCAUCCGAGCUUUCGCAGAGAAAGGCAAAUGCGUACAGAUUUCAUCUGAGCCCGCGCCAGAAGAGGUGUACAAGGUGGUCAGGAAGAGUUUUGAUGCGCCAGCUCCGCUCAACCACCCGAACAUUGUGUUUGUGCUGGGAGGACCUGGGUCGGGCAAGGGCACGCAGUGUGUGCGGUUGGCCAAAGAGUUCAAUCUUGCCCAUCUGUCCACCGGCGACCUACUCCGGGCCGAGAUCGAUACAGGAUCUGCUAUCGGCCACGAAGUCGAAGGCAUCAUGAAAGAGGGCAAGAUGGUUCCCAUGCGAAUCAUCAUGGGUCUUCUUCGCAGUGCUAUGGAGCAGAACAUGAAUACACCGGGGUUCCUUAUCGACGGGUUCCCUCGUGCAAUGAGCCAAGUAGUCGAAUUCGAAAAGAGCAUAGGGCCGUGUAAGACGGUCCUUUACUUCACAUGCUCGCUGCAGACGCUGGAGCAGCGUUUGAUCGAGCGCGGAAAGACGAGCGGACGCGUCGACGAUAACCUCGAAACGAUCCGAAAGCGGUUCCGGACCUUCAUGAACGAGAGCGUGGAGGUGGUCGAGUGGUAUAAGCAAAAGGGCACAGUGAUCGAAAUCUCCUCCGAGGCACCCAUCGAGGACGUCUACCAGACCGCCCGCAAGGUCUUCGUCCAGGAGAAACGUCUGGACCACCCUAACGUCAACUUCAUUCUUGGCGGGCCUGGCUCGGGCAAAGGCACCCAAUGCGUGCGGCUUGCCAAGGACUUCAACCUGAAACACAUCUCUACGGGCGACCUCCUCCGCGCUGAAGUCGAGCAGGGCACGGAGGUGGGCCGCAUCGCGCAGGAUAUUAUGGUGCAGGGCAAGAUGGUGCCAAUGGAUCUGAUAAUGGGCCUGCUGGUGAAAGAGAUCAAGAACAAUUUCGGCGCCAAAGGUUUCUUAAUUGACGGUUUCCCGCGCUCGCUGGAUCAGACGUUAGCGUUUGAGCGGGUUGUGGGUAUUCCAAGACAGGUGCUUUAUUUCAAGUGCCCUUUGGAUGUGCUUGAGCAGCGCUUGCUGGAACGUGGGAAGACGAGUGGGAGGGCAGACGAUACGCUGGAUACGAUCAAGCAGCGGUUUGUGACGUACGAGAACGAAAGUCUGCCGGUUGUUGAGCAUUAUCGGAAAGCUGGAAAACUCGUUGAGAUUUCAUCGGUACCACCUGUCGAGGAAGUCUACAAGAACGCUCAGCAGUACUUCCAGGACGCAUCUUCAGCCCCUUCCGAGCACGCACGACCCUUCGACGGGAGGAAUCUUGUCUUUGUCCUGGGCGGUCCUGGUUCAGGAAAAGGAACGCAAUGUGCUAAACUUGUGGACGAGCUGCACUGGGCGCAUUUGUCUACGGGCGAUCUAUUGCGAGAAGAGGUUGCUCGGGGAUCCGAGCUGGGCAAGAAACUGGAGGCUGACAUGAAGGAGGGGAAGAUGGUGUCGAUGGACGUAACACUGCAACUGCUUCUGCAAGCGAUGAAAGAAAAAAGCGACGCAAAAGGCUUCUUGAUAGACGGGUUCCCGCGAACGAUGGAGCAGGCCAAAGUGUUCGAGGACACGAUAGGCCGCUGCACCUUCGUUCUGUACUUUUCCGCCAACCACGAAGUCCUAACCGAACGCCUUCUCGAGCGCGGCAAGACCUCCGGGCGAGCCGACGACAACGCCGAGAGCAUCGCCAAGCGGCUGAAAACUUUCGACGAGAUGAGUCUGCCUGUCAUCCAGCACUUUGCUAGGGAUGAGCGAGUCAAAGAGGUCGUGAGCGAAGGGUCGAUAGACGAGAUUACGAGUAGGACUUUACAUUGUUUUGAAGGCCUGGACUGAUUGCCGUUAUGUAGCAGGGAAUAGCGUUAGGACAGAGCGCCUACCAUAGACUGAUAGGAAAUAUGAUGCCAUUGAUCAUUUGCUGCCAGC